AUGAUCGUGUUUUCCCCCCGCCGUAGGAAAGUCCCGCGCGAGAACCGAGACAAACAAGGGUAUCAUCAAGGGCAACGCGCCAGAGGCGAGGAUCCUGUGGCGAAUCUGGAGAACGACAAGCUAAGGGUUCGAGAACUGUUGCUCGCCUUCAACGGCCCGUUCUCAACUUUUGCAAAGAUGUCAACGGUAUCGCAGGUAUCAACCGCCCCCCGUCCGCGGCUCCAGCUAACCUUCCCUCACUACCUUGAUCGGGCGACCAAAAGGGAGAGAGCUCGGUGGGACAGCCGCAAGGUCCUGGAUGGCGAGCUCCAUACCCUGACCUCUAGCAAGCGGAUCGCCCACUUUGUGGCCAGACAUCGGCGCGCGGUCGAAGCUUGCGGUCGGGACAACAGCGAUCUGGGACGGCCGCCGGGCCCUGAUGCUAAGGUCAUCGCACUACUGCGCGAACUCAUUACCGCGAAGGCCAUCCAGUCCAGGUACAUGGACACCAAAGUCGCGCACAACACCGCGCAGAGGUUCAAAACGGAGGAUUUCUCCAUCCCUUCCACCGUGCGGCUCUCUCGUGCUAAGGGCGGUACCUACGAAGAUGCCAGCAUUAGUGAUAGUUCCGACGACGAUGCCGAAAACUGGGAGACGGGAACACCACCACCGGGGACUCCGUUGGUGGACAAGGCGAAGAAGUCUAACGAUAUGGGUGAAAAACGAAUGUGGACUUUGUCCUCAAUAAGGAUGCUGAAACUCCCGGCUCUGCAUAAUGCCAUCGCCUCUUUCGACAAGUACCAGUACCUCAAAUGGCGAAAGCUGCCAAUGCUGAACCUAGUGGUCGUUUCACUUCCACACAAACCUUGGCGGUGGCGGCAGGUCAAACGCGUUGACGCGAGCUUCCGAGGGGGGCAAGCGGGCAAUUCUCGCUUGCCUAGGAAAACGGACAAGGUCACCGACUCCACUCGUGGCGCUGAAUCGCAGGAUUUCUCGGCGGCGGCAAGGAAUAGAAGCAGCGUUGGUCGUGGUUCCACGGCAACUAGUGAUGGACAUUCUGCACCGAAUUUCGGUACCAGUGGUAGAGGUGGCAGCGAUUCGGCCAAAGGCGAGGGUGAAGUUCAAGAAGAAGAGGUCAGCAGCUGGCAACGUCUUCCCGCCGUGCAAGAGUUUACGCAAGAAGAGGUGGAAGACCUCAUCGACGAAGAUCCUUCGUGGGAGGGCUGCCGAGCGUGCCUGACUUUCCCCUGUCGGUGGAGUUCGUGCGUGGACUAUCGCUCCGUUGGUGCGAGAAAAACGCAGAUACGAGACGAACUGUUCCGCUUGAUCGGACUGUGGGAUUUGGAUGAAGUGGUGACCGUCAUCCCCCUGAGCUGCGUACGGGGCGGGCCUACCACUCUCCCAAGGAAUGAAGCCAUCAGCGAACUCAGGUGGGAGGCGAAAGAACUUGACCGCCAGCUGCACCUCGCCGCGGUCGACAAGGAGCUGCACGACGCCUUCGUCUGCAAGGCAGAGGCUAUCGAGGUCAAGUCGCUGCACGAGUAUUCCACGCUGAUGUGGACCAAGGACGCGCAGGUGGCGUUGUCAAAGGAAAGGGAGCUGACCCUGGCGCGAACGACCGCCCAAGAGCAAACCGUUUCCAUGAUAGCGCCUAGUCUCAUCGGAUCUCACCCCUCCGCUUGCUCACUUUGCAAGGUGGUUGACGACCUCUUGGAGUCGAUGUUGGACGGCUGGGUGUUCGGGGAGCGGCACGCGGAGCACGCCGCAGCCGGCAUAAUUCCUGCCGUCAAGGCGUCCGCCCCCCUCCGACCCGGGGAUCAAAGACGGGCGGUUGCAUACCUCGAGCACCGGCAUCGCUUGCGGAGGAUGGCGCAUGCUCAGGGUAAGCAACUCCCCGAGGAGAUUAAGGGAACACAUCACUCCAAGGCGCUGCCCAUCGACGACAUCGCCCAGCAACGCAUUAUUGAAGGCCGUGCAAGCAAGAAGGGCUACCUGCAUGCAAUGACCCUAGUAAAGAGGGAGAAGGAAGCGUGGUCGUGCAAAGGGGACGUGAUGACCAAGGAAGGCACCAGCUUCCGCCCACCCCUGACCUCGGAGCGGAAGAAGAUGGUUCAGGAAGUGGUUAAGGCUCGAGAGCGAGCGGCGGCGCAGAAGAAGUUCUUGGAUCGUGCUCGGAAGGCUGAAGACCGCGGGGAGCUCCGAGAGGCCAAGAACAAGCGGCGCGUGUCGCAGCGCAAGGCCAUGAGAGUGCUUGAGAACAGGGAGAGAGAGAAGGCGUCUAGGAACAUACAGCGAGUCUUCCGUGGAUUCCGCGGUAGGGUCUUCGCCCAACGCUGGGCCUUCAAGCGCGCGGAGAUAGAGGCUCUCAAAUCUGUCUUACACGAGGCUGCAGUGAACGUCCAGAGGGCCUACCGUGGGCAUCUCGGCCGCGUGGAAGCAUCCGAGGUGCGCAUGGAGCUGGCGGAGUACAUCGCGGAUAUCCGAGUAAAGGAGGCGGAGAGCGACAUCGAUGAUUACUGGAAGACGCACAAGCUCAAGGCAACGAAGGACGAACUCAAGAAGAAGUUACUCAAUACAGUCGGCCAACCCCUGCUGGCCAUGCGCAGGAGGAAGCUGCAGUAGGUUCGGCUGCGUGUCGUGCUGAACUCUUGUUCACGACGGGCUGAUACAGGCGCAGCGCAAGGAAGCGGUCGCGCCACGUUCGGCGGGCGAGCUCCACGUAACAAGAAUGACAGUCUGAGGUCUGUGCUUUGUCGAUUCCUGCCGAUAUGCGGUCUUUUGGAUCAAUUGAUUGAUUAUUUUGGGACGGUGGGGUCUGAAACUACAAAAGAGCGUCGUCUGUUGGCGUCCCCACAAUGUAGUCUAGGAAGCCUCUCGCUGCUUCAUCCCACCACCAAGAAGCUGAAACCAGCUUUACCAGGGCAACGCCGAGUACACUGCAGGGGAGUUAAAUACGUUGAUACCAGCCUUGGCCAUCCUCGCAGCUGUAACAAAUUGAUAUCGAAACCCUUUACGGUAGUAGGGCGAGGCGCAGCGACGAGUCUCCGCAGGAUUGACUGUUCGAUGUGGGUUGCGUCCUGUAGGGCGUCUAUACGAGGUCAUGCGCUUGUUCCCCCGGCCCCAAAGGGUGGGAUUUUUUUCCAUACAGAGCUUGAUGUCAAUGCUAAGCAAGCCGGUGGCGUUCACGAAACCACGAUUACAGGAUUUGAAGGAGUGGUCUUCUCCUAAGCAGUUGAGGCACUUGCCCUUGUACAGUCGAAGCGCGUUGCGGCGCUGUUCAGCCGAGACCAAGGGGGUGAACAAUGGCGGAUCAAUCUUGGUUAGAGCCAUCUCACUAGCGACGUUGUACACCUCUUGGAAGUGUCCUUGCAACGGCCAGUCGCUGUAGUGCAACAGAAAAGGGUCCCGAUCAUCAUUAGGUAGAGGGUCAACACUCAUCACGGCGGCCGAAGAACCUUGGCUCCACGAAGGGGUCACCGUCGAACGCAACGCCGAAGAAGCUACAGCACGCGAAACAGCAGACGAACUCCUAGCAUUCGUGGGAGACACCGAAAAUGAAUCAUCUCCAUGCACCGCCGGCGUGUGCGCGAACGCACGCUUGUCCAACACAUCCCACAUAUCAUCCAGACACGAAGCAUGUCGCCCAAAAGGGGCUUCCAUGGAGAGCUGCUCAUCCUUGUACACCUGCCCAGACACUACCGGAAACUGCUUCAACAUGGAGUCUCGAACAGCUAUCUGCNCGCCAAAACUGCGAAGACGAUAAAUCCCCGAGCUCUUCNAAACCAUGACGGUCAUGGCCAGAGCCUUAUAGCGACGAAUGUAUUCUCCGGAGGUCUCGCCGUUGGAUACGCCAAAACUGCGAAGACGAUAAAUCCCCGAGCUC